AUGGGAGAGGAAAUUAGUAAUUUAACUUUGUCUUGUAUUGUCUUUAACCAGAUCUCGACAUUGACGCGUAUCGAAAUGGGUUAUUUAUCUUCAUUCAACGACGCAACGACACCAAAUACUGCCUUAAUACACGAGAAAACCAGUCAUAAAAACCAAACGAACACGAAGAAUCAGUUGAAAGAAGAAAAUAAAUCUGAAGAAGAAAUGAAAACAAAAAAUAAAUAA